AUGUUUUGUAUGGCGUUUUCGAUGAACAUGACAAUGCAGCGGUCAGUGCUCGUGCUAACGAUUCGAGCAACUGGUGGCGCCGUUGUGGUGGCCCAGACACGUGGACACAGCUUUGUCCACGCAGGUGGGAAAGCGCAAGGAACGUACGAAGUGGACGUCGUUCGAGUCGAUGGAAGUGUGUUGACGGAGAAGAUUAAGGUCGAAGCUGUGGCUUCGCUGGGAGAAGCAGAAGGCCGCGAGCAGGUUGGUCUGGACCACCUUGUGGCGAGACGCGACCUGUCUGCUAUCCAGGAAUGGUUCAAGCACCAGGAUGCCGAGGAGUGCGUGGGCACGGUGUUCCGUCUAUCUGGUCUCAAGUACGCGGUGAUGACAAACAUCCCGUUUGAACCGAAAGAGGCCCGACACUGGCUGGACCAGGUCCUGCUUGGCGGUUGGGCGUCCAUCAGUCCGACGCUGGACGUGUUCAAGCUACCACAUACGCUCGCGGGUAUGCGUUUGCUUCUGGACAUGUGGAUCGACGUUAUAAAGCCCGAGUACUUCAUGGCUAGCAUGCCUAUUUCCUUUGAGUACCCGGAUGAGAAUGCGUCUACUUCUGCUGGUACGACCGCAGUACCAAAUGGUGCGAAAUUGCUGCUGCAAGUGCUGCUGACGCUGGCUGAAGUGAAGAAGCCGUCAAUUGCGCUAAAGUUUGACAGCGUUCUUCCGAUCAAUGCUCGUUGUGGUGUAGAUGGAGACGGAGUAUUGCCGAGCAACGUGGACAUUUUGAUCAAGUUGUUUCGUGCCUUCCCCAAGGUAAACCAUCUGGCCGCAUUCCUCUCGCGCCCGAAGCAGCACAAAGUGACCGUGGCGGCCAACAAGUUCCGGUACCUGCAUCCGUAUGGCUGCUGGUGGUACUGCAACAACCCGUCGACCAGUGAAGAGCUCACUUGUAUGCAUGUCGAGAUCCUAAGCACGGCAUUCACGAGCCAGCACUCGGAUGCGCGUCUCUUUGCAACGGGCUGGAAGAUGUCCAAGAGCGACAUCCAGCGCGACGUGCAGAGGUUGUUUGGCCAGAGCUUUGCGGAGUUCACAGCAAAGAGCAUGUGA